GAAGAGGAGGAGGAGGAGGAGGCGGCGGCGGCGGCCGCGUCGCCCUCGUCGGGGCUCGCGCUCGCCCCCGCGCUCGCCCUGCGCCUCGGCCGAGCCCCGCGAGGCUGAAACGCUUUCUCCCGGCAUGCAGCGGGAGGAGGGAUUUAACACCAAGAUGGCGGACGGCCCGGAUGAGUACGAGACCGAAACGGGCUGCGUGCCCCUUCUCCAACCCGAGGAAGUCAAACCACAAAGCCAUUAUAACCAUGGAUAUGGUGAACCUCUUGGGCGAAAAACUCACAUUGAUGACUAUAGCACAUGGGACAUCGUCAAGGCUACACAAUAUGGAAUAUAUGAACGCUGCCGAGAAUUGGUGGAAGCAGGUUAUGAUGUACGGCAACCGGACAAAGAAAAUGUUACACUUCUUCAUUGGGCUGCCAUCAAUAACAGAAUAGAUUUAGUCAAAUACUAUAUUUCGAAAGGUGCUAUUGUGGAUCAGCUUGGAGGAGACCUGAAUUCAACUCCAUUGCACUGGGCCACAAGACAAGGCCAUUUAUCCAUGGUUGUGCAACUAAUGAAAUAUGGUGCAGACCCCUCAUUAAUUGACGGGGAAGGAUGCAGCUGUAUCCAUUUGGCUGCUCAGUUCGGACAUACCUCAAUUGUCGCUUAUCUUAUAGCAAAAGGACAGGAUGUAGAUAUGAUGGAUCAGAACGGAAUGACGCCUUUAAUGUGGGCAGCUUAUAGAACACAUAGUGUGGAUCCAACUAGAUUGCUUUUAACAUUCAAUGUUUCAGUUAACCUUGGUGACAAGUAUCACAAAAACACUGCUCUGCACUGGGCAGUUCUAGCAGGGAACACCACAGUCAUUAGUCUCCUUCUUGAAGCUGGAGGGAAUGUGGACGCCCAAAAUGUCAAGGGUGAAUCAGCACUUGAUUUGGCAAAGCAAAGAAAAAACGUGUGGAUGAUCAACCAUUUGCAAGAGGCAAGGCAAGCGAAAGGGUACGACAACCCAUCUUUCCUUAGAAAGCUGAAGGCCGAUAAGGAAUUUCGGCAGAAAGUAAUGCUAGGAACUCCAUUCCUGGUUAUUUGGCUGGUUGGGUUUAUAGCAGACCUAAAUAUUGACUCUUGGCUCAUUAAAGGGCUCAUGUAUGGUGGUGUUUGGGCUACAGUACAGUUUCUUUCCAAGUCCUUUUUUGACCAUUCGAUGCACAGUGCAUUGCCUCUUGGGAUAUAUUUGGCAACCAAAUUCUGGAUGUAUGUGACAUGGUUCUUCUGGUUUUGGAAUGAUCUCAACUUUUUAUUUAUUCACCUUCCUUUCCUCGCUAAUAGUGUUGCACUUUUCUACAAUUUUGGAAAGUCUUGGAAAUCAGACCCAGGGAUUAUUAAAGCUACAGAAGAACAAAAGAAAAAGACAAUAGUUGAACUUGCAGAGACUGGAAGUCUGGAUCUCAGUAUAUUCUGCAGUACCUGCUUGAUUCGGAAGCCAGUGAGGUCCAAACACUGUGGUGUGUGCAACCGCUGCAUAGCAAAAUUUGAUCAUCACUGUCCGUGGGUGGGUAACUGUGUAGGUGCAGGCAACCAUAGAUACUUUAUGGGGUACCUGUUCUUCUUGCUGUUCAUGAUCUGCUGGAUGAUCUAUGGUUGUAUUUCUUACUGGGGCCUUCACUGUGAGACCACAUACACCAAGGAUGGCUUUUGGACAUACAUUACUCAGAUUGCCACAUGCUCCCCUUGGAUGUUCUGGAUGUUUCUGAACAGUGUGUUUCAUUUCAUGUGGGUGGCCGUGUUACUCAUGUGUCAGAUGUACCAGAUAACAUGUUUAGGUAUUACUACAAAUGAAAGAAUGAAUGCCAGGAGAUAUAAGCACUUUAAAGUCACAACGACAUCUAUUGAAAGCCCAUUCAACCAUGGAUGUGUAAGGAAUAUUAUAGACUUCUUUGAAUUUCGAUGCUGUGGCCUCUUUCGUCCUGUUAUCGUGGACUGGACCAGGCAGUACACUAUAGAAUAUGACCAAAUAUCAGGAUCUGGGUACCAGCUUGUGUAGCAGUGUCUUUAUCCUAUGAAACAAUAUUGCUGAGUGGUGCCUGAAGAUUGUGUCUGUCCGUGUCUCUCUCUCACUCGAAUCCACAUCAUUGGAACAAAUAGCAUGCUAUAUGUAGGGCUAACAGUGAAUUUUAUGGUCUUUUUUUCAAUACUUUUACUAACGAAAGCAAACAUGGACAGAACACACUGCCACUUCUAGGAAGAAUAAAGAUCAUAAAAAUGAUUUUCAUGGUUCUUAAUGUAGGAAUUCAUAACAUACUCAACUUUUUGGUUUUGUUCUCAUAACAUUUGUCAUGAAAAAGUGAACUUACUCUGUUACUAGAGAUGGCAUACCGAGGGUACAUGUUGUUAUAACGGAAGCAAAAUUGGGUGUUAUGAGGCUAAAUUGUAUUAUGCAGUACUUAAGAGUAUUGUAUCUAUCCCAGGAGAAUUGUCAUAAAUUGAUGAUUAGUAUUAUGUACAUUUUAGAUGUACAUGUAAAUACUGUGAUGAAAAUCAUGUGGUUUUAUUAAAGAUCUACUGUACUGUGUUCUCAAAGGCACAGGGAAAUAAUGUUCACGGAAAUGUGCUCGCUGUUCCGUUACACCAGCUGUCUCACUGCUGGUCUCUUCUAGUUCAGUGAAAUAAUUUCUAGAAACCUUGCUUUGAGGUCUCACGGUCUGAUAAUAAAGCACUUGCAUGAGUAUACUAAGUCAUAAUAUUUUGUUGACAUUUACAGCCCUACUAAGUGCAUGUUACACUGCAUAGAAUGUGUACUCGCAGAUGCCGUCCAGUGAAGCAUAAAUUAGGAUUUAAUUUCAUGUGCAAACAGCCCAAUUUUUUAAAAAGUUGAGGUGGAUUUUCAACAAGUUCAAAACAAAUAAGCUAAUGCAAAAUUCAUAUUAAUUGAGAUAAGUGGAUAUGCUUCUUUUUCAAUUCUAAGCUGAAAAAUAAAUUGUAGACAAAAUAAUGGAGUCUCAGCUAAAGAUGGAGCAUGAUCUCUGUACAUAGCACAUGUGAAUUAGUGAGAAGCUAACGGGACAUUCUUUUCUUUAAUGACCGAUCAGAGAGUAGAAUUUAAGCCCCAGGGUGGUUUUAAUUUUUCCAAUAUUGAAUAUGUUUUGAAGUUUGUAACGCUUUCUGAAACAGUCUUUGAGUCUACUGUUGAAUGUGAUGCACUGAUCAAGUUCUGUUGCAGCAUUUCCAUACCCUCCUGAGUGACUGUCACUGCUUCCAUGGCAUUGUUUACAGUGAGACUGGGUUUAGUCCUCUUAAAUGCUGUAGCAAACUGUGGUUCGAGCAACCUGUGGGAGGGGCGGGGGCAGACUGAGACAGAUCCUAGACCAGUGUAAAGAAUGUGUAUGUGUAUAUAAAUAAUUUAUCAAAUAGUUUUCUCUUUGUGUCUAUAUGUAUUAGUGUUUUUAAAGCUGCUCAUUUCAUUUUGUCCAACCAAAAAGAAAAGGGAGAUAUUAAUGAGCUUCUAGUGAUGUUCAAUAUUACUGUUAAUAGGCACUCUAUCCUGCAAGUUCACUGCAUGUCCAGUGCUAGGUAAAAUUAGUAUUCCCUGUAAAAUACUGGCUACAGGUAUUAAAGCAAUCUAGUGGUAUACCCGCCCCUUGCCUUAGUAGGAGGAGCAGUGAAGAUGUAUAUAGUUGAUGUGCAGUAUUUCCAAGUACUACCGUUUUUAUAGUAAUUUCUUUGACCAUAAGUCACCCCACCCAAAAUGACCCUUAUUGUAUUUAAGGGUUUUAAUAUUAGAAUUGGCAUAUGUACUUUAUUUUUGAAAAGGGAAGAGAUGGGUGUGGGGUGGUAAUAGCAUUGUACCAUUUUGUCAUAGAAUGUAAAAAAAAACUGGUUAGCUGUACAAAUGUCUCUGCUAGUUUUGGCUAAUAAUGGGGGGAAAUUUAGGUAAUUUUUAAAUUCAAAGGUUAUUUAUAAAAUGCUAGGAUUUGUUUUAAUUUUGUAUUUCGAGUCACUUCACAUGAAGACUCAGUUGCAAUUUUUAUCAGAUACAUUUUUAUCAACAGUUAAAGACUACGGUGGUUCUGUUUGAAUAUGAAUGUUGUUACCAUGUUUUCUUUGUGGUACAAUAUUCUUUCCAUGUAGAAGAGAUGCUUCUCAGUAAAGCAGACAAACCCUGUAGAUGUGUAAUUACGUGGGAAAUAUUUACAAGGAGAUGCUUUUAGUACUAACCAUUUCGUGAUCUUCAUGACGUCUGCACAAGCAUUGUCAGAUGGUCUGGAGGCAUCCGUGCAUCUGCUCGUUCCUUACUGUGUGGCUUGUGUGCAACAGUUUAGCCCGCUCGCGCGCUCAGGCUGUGUGGACGUGGCCCUCCGGGGCAGCACUUACUGCUCUGCUGGGUUCUCAGCUCUGGACGUGAAUUCUUUGGAGUUUUUUCAUCCAUAUUUUUGUUGUUUGUAGUUUAUUUUAAACACUAGGCAUAAAAACGCAUCUUACUUAAGCUAUGAAUGUUUUUAUUUUAUAUUUUAUUUAUAACUGUGCCAAGUAUUAUUUUGCUACUUACUGUGUUACUCUGUGGAAAGAAAAACUUGUAAAGUGUUUAAUAAAUUAGUCCUCCUUACAUAAAUUAAACCUGUCAAAAUUUUGUAAAAUAUUAAUCAAAAUAAAUAUUGACUCUUAAAUGUGGUGUUUGAUCAAUUUACUUCGAAGAAAGCGAUGAAACUGAUAUGAAAAUAUUCUAUAUUUCUAUCAUGAUCAGAUUGGAGUCGAGUGCUGCAGGAUUUUGUGGUUAUUUACAUAAGUGAGUAAAACUGGUGGUAUUCUAAACUCCGUGUGUGUGUGUGUGUGUGUGUGUGUGUGUGUGUGUGUGUGUGUUCAUUUCUCAAAAGGAGACUUUUUUUCUUAGUAUAUUUUGGAUUCUGGAGUUAAUGAGGACCUUGGGAAAUGUAUGAAUCUGGAUUUUGAUUAUAAGUAUGUCUAAAGCCUUAAAAUAA